GGUGACCCCUGAUCAACAGGUUCUCCGCAUUGACAAGAUCCAGGGGUCCACUACGGAGCAACGGUACGGCACUUCUCAUCAUUUGUCAUGGCUGACCUCAUGCGACGUUGCUUGUCAGCGGGCCGACCACGGGGUGAACAAUGGCCGUCUCAAAAGAUAACGCAUCUCCAGCCAUUGUCGACAGUGGCCGCUUGCUCCACCACAGCAUAGAUCCGAGCUCCAGGUCUCACGCUUCCAAGCCAGAAUGGCUGACGAUGUUGUCAAGACGGAUUUCCUCAUUGUUGGCGCUGGGCCCGCCGGCGCGGCUCUGGCUUGCUUCCUCGCGUCUUAUGGACGCAAAGGCAUCAUGAUAUCAGCCGCGCCAGGAUGUGCUGAGACUCCCCGAGCCCACAUCACAAACAUGGCUGCACUGGAGUGUUUGAGGGACAUUGACCUGGAAAGGCAAUGCAUUGAGACUGCAGCCUCGGGCGACAACAUGACCCAUACCAGAUGGUGUCAUUCCAUGGCGGGCGAAGAGUAUGCACGCGUCUAUUCGUGGGGCAACGAUCCCAAACGCAAGGGUGACUACGACGCGGCAAGCCCAUGUAACCACGUCGAUUUGCCGCAGACCGAACUCGAGCCAAUUCUCACUCGAAGGGCUGUCCAUAAGGGGUGGACCUUGCGCUUCAACACCACCUUUCUCGCCUUUACCCGCCCCUCUCCGGACGUCAUCAUAAGCGAUGUUCGGGACGAUUUGUGCAACAAGACGUACAGGAUCCAGUCUCGGUUCCUCUUUGGCUGCGACGGGGCGCGCAGCCAGGUGAUUCGCCAACUAGGAAUUCCCCUGAUCAAAAAGCCAGGCCAGGGGCUGGCGCUCAAUGUACUGGUGAAGGCGGAUAUGUCUCACCUUGUGACGAACCGGACCGGAAAUCUACACUGGGUCUUCCAACCUGACAGAGGACAUCCUGCGUGGGGCUGGGCGUGUCUCGUGCGUAUGGUGCGGCCGUGGGACGAGUGGAUGUUCAUUUUCCUGCCUCCUCCUGGGGCUGAUGUCAAAGCCGAUGACAUGAUAGCCUCCAAGGAAGAAUAUCUGGCCAGGGCCAAGGAGAUUAUUGGGGACGAUUCGGUUGAUGUUGAGAUCUUGGAUGCCAGCAAGUGGUGGAUCAAUGAGACGGUCGCCGAGUACUACUCGGAUGGAAAUGUCUUCUGCCUUGGCGACGCGGUACACCGCCACCCGCCGUUUAACGGCCUGGGAUCCAACACAUGCAUACAAGACGCUUUCAACCUGGCAUGGAAGAUCGCAUACGUCAUGUCUGGACGCGCGGGCCCCAAGAUUCUCGACACCUACAGCAUCGAGCGUCAGCCGGUUGGUGUCGAGAUCAUCACGCGGGCUAACCAAGGGCUUCGCGACCAUCUUCCGUGGAUGGCGGCGAUUGGCAUGACGGAGCCCGACCUGGAGAAACGGAAAGCGAUCCUUGCCGAGUUUGAAGACAAGGGCCAGGUCGGUCGGAGGAGAAGGCGGGAGUUCCACCAAGGCAUCGAGAACACGGGCCCCGAGUUUCACGGUCUGGGCGUUGAGAUGAACCAGCAGUACCGCUCGAAUGCCGUCUACCUCGCCGACGAGCCCGAGGCGCCGCAGCUCCCCGAGGACGCUGUCCGUCAACACCUCAUUACCACGUAUCCGGGGAUGCGACUCCCGCACGCGUGGCUAAACUCCCGGGUGCCGGGGAAGCCGGUGUCGACCAUCGACCUCGCAGGGCAUGGAAGCUUUUGUCUCCUCACGGGCCCUGGUGGGCAAGCAUGGAAAGAGGCUGCAGACCAGGUGGCCCAGGAACUGGGGGUUCCGAUCAAGAGUUUCUCGAUAGGGUGGAAAGAAGACUUUGAAGACGUGUACUUUGACUGGGCGAAGCGGAGAGAAGUUGAAGAGGAUGGAUGUGUGCUGGCUCGGCCUGACCGGUUCGUCGCCUGGCGGUCAAACUCAAUGGUUGAGAACCCGAGGGCAAAGCUGGCAACCGUGAUGCGGAGCAUCUUGUGCAUUGACAAGGCAUGAUGGAGCGAGGGCUGCCUCCCUGGAAGUUACAAUCCCAGGCGACUCUCCUGAGUCGAGUAGGCACAGCCAAAUUGAGUCAAUCAUGAAUUACCGUCCAUGAU